AUGACGGAAGUAUUUAUGGGCUAUAGUGAAGACUUUGAACAGUGUCGUGAUGAUGCCAUGUCCGAUAUUCGUGCUAUUUCCAAAGCGCGUGACGAACGUGAGCGUGAUGAACUAGUGGAACGUGCACAGGGUAAUAUCUCGGAGGCUGAGCGCUAUAUGCGCAUUUUAGAGAGUGAAUCUCGUGCUGGUGAUUCUCAAGACCGUCGACGAAUGCAUCAGCAAAUGCGCACGUUCAAGUCACAACUUGACAAGCUGAAGGCCAAUUUGGAGCGAUCGAAGCUCAUGGAUGGCAGCCAACAACGCCAACAGGCUCGCGCCCCGCAAGACAACGUGGCUCGUUAUCAGCAGCGUACAGACCGCAUUGAAGACCAUUUAACGGAUGCCCAGGACAUUAUUGCGAGGACGGAAGCUACUGCUCAGAAUAUUAACAAUAAUUUGGCAGACCAACGCGAACAGCUCAUUAAUGUUCGCACGAACGUAGAUGAGACUCGUGAAGAUACAGCAGAGGCCGGAAUGCAUCUCAAGAAGCUCAAGUGCAAGAUGGCGUCGCAAAUUGCGUUUUUAUACGUCGUUAUCAUGGGACUCGUUGUCGUGAUCGGCACAACGGCACGAUCUGAUUGUUUCAUGGACACUGAUCAUCCUGUAUGUCACAAGCGAACGUCUGGCGAAAGCAAAGUUGAUUUGAUGCAAGUAGUGAAGCAGCGGGUUGAUGGUGCUAGUUUGAAUCGUGUUCUUUUGUACGCAUUUGUUGGAGACUAA